AGCAGUUUGUGACGUCAGCCUAGUUGUUUGGAAGAAGGAGAAAAAUAAAAGAGCUAAAAGAGGGGCUAGUGGAUCCGCUUUUGCCGGUUCUGGACUCGCUUUUACGCAGAAUAUUGUGUAAGCUAAACAUCUGGGAGAUAUGUCUACGCCAGCCAGGAGGCGACUAAUGAGAGAUUUUAAAAGGCUCCAAGAAGACCCUCCAGCUGGUGUAAGUGGAGCACCUUCAGAAAACAACAUUAUGGUAUGGAAUGCAGUAAUAUUUGGGCCUGAAGGAACACCAUUUGAAGAUGGAACAUUUAAGUUAGUGAUAGAAUUUUCUGAAGAAUACCCAAACAAACCUCCAACAGUCCGAUUUAUCUCAAAAAUGUUCCAUCCCAAUGUGUAUGCUGAUGGAAGUAUAUGUCUAGAUAUCCUACAAAACCGCUGGAGUCCUACAUAUGAUGUUUCAUCUAUUUUGACCUCUAUUCAGUCACUCUUGGAUGAACCCAAUCCCAACAGUCCAGCCAACAGUCAAGCCGCUCAACUGUACCAAGAAAACAAACGGGAAUAUGAGAAAAGGGUAUCGGCGAUUGUAGAGCAAAGCUGGAAUGACUCCUAACAACAACGAAAGUACUUCUCACCACUGUUAGAAACUCAAAUCUUUCAUUUACCUCAUUGAAAGAAAAAGUCAACAAAGAGUGCCACAGAUUUAAAAAGUGACUUUAACUUGCUUGCCAACUUGUUUGACAAAUAUCAACCAUUGAAGUUUGUGUUUUUAAUUUGUUCUUUUUAUUGCAUGAUGUGAAAUAAGUUAUUGCUAACAAUGUGUAAUAUAUCUUUUUUUUUUUUCUUUGUUGGAUUGAUGCUGUUACUGUUCAUUUUCUACAAAAUCAUUUUAAUGUUUCUGUUCAAUUCUGACUGGAGUAUACUGAUUUGUCAGAUUUUUUUUUUUUUUAGGUGUAAUGGCAGAUGUGUUUUUGUUCUUAACCCAAGAGCAAGAUAAUAAUAAUCCAAAAAGUAUCCAAUUCUUUAACUCCUGUAAAGCCAAACUAAGGUUGGUUGUCUUCCACAUUUUUGUGUGAUAUUUAAAAAUACAUUUGAUUUCAAGAGUGCACUGACGAGACACACCAUUCAUAUUGUGAAAACAAUUUAUUUCAUUAAACUUUAAAGCACUUUUUUCGAUAUUGUUUGAUAAAUGUUACCUUUUCUCUAAUUAGUCUAAUGUAAUUAAAUUUAAUUUUAAGAAAGUUACCAUCUAAUACAAGAAGAAAUGAUAUCAUGCCUACCAUGUGCAUAUUAAAAGCCCUUCUUUUCAAAGGCUUGUUCUAGGUUGAUUUGCACCUUCUCAGUGCCUGUGUGUGUGUGUGUGUGUGUGUGUGUGUGUGAGAGAGAGUGAGUCCUGUGAUGGCCUCAGACAUGAUACUUGCUAGGUAGGCUUCAGGUCCCACAUGAGUCCAGCAGGUACAUAAAGGCGAUUGGAAAUGGAUACAUGGAUGAAGAGCAGUCUGGAGUGUUGUUUUGCGCCCUUUUAAAAUGUUAUGGAAAGGAAGGUUUUUUUCGAUUUACCUGACCUCAAGGUAGUCAGUAAUGAGUGUUGCAUCUGUUUGUCUCUCCCGUCUCUGACCAUUUAAUGGCCAAUAUCUGGGUUCACUCAUGUUGGUUGGUAUGCCAGUUUGGGGAUAUUGAAGCCAAAAUGUUUACAGUCUCCAAAACUUUUCAGGAAGCAAAACGUUUGAAAAAAAUUUGUUGUCCAGUAUAAUUUAUUUUUCUCCAUAUAAAUAAGACAAUUGUGCAGUGGUACCAAGCUUUCAUUUAACAUGGGUUUUAGGAGUCAGCAAUUUCAUACUUUUGAUCUUCCAGAGGACUAGCAUGUAUUCUAUAAGAGUGCAUAUGAUGCUAUCAUCGCAAACCUUUUUCUAGAAGCAAAACUUUUUUUAAAUUAGAUUUGAAUAACAUUCCUAGCUAAGAUUUACAAACUAGUUCAUUGCUUCACUUGCGUGGAUUAUUUGUAUCUAUAUCUGUAUUAAAAACAUGCUUAUAAUGUAACCAUUUUGAAUUAUUAGAUGAUACUAACGACUCCUGAAUCCUUCUCACAAGGUGUAUUCUCAAUUUUCAGACCUUCCAUUGUGUAUUCAAACCUAACAUUUUUACUUCCUAUGUGUAAUGCUUUACAUUUAUGGACAUUAAAUUUCAUCUGCCACAAAUCUGCCCAAGCCUGUAUGCUGUCCAAGUCCAUCUGUGAUGAUUUAACGGAUUCCAGAUUAUCUGACAAUCCGCCUAUCUUGGUAUAAUGCAAAUGUAACCAGCUUGUUACUUAAGAAGAAAGCAAACCACACAGAAAAAUAGUGAAUAAUAAGAUCUCAAAAGAGAUUUAAGCAUUUAAAGCUACAGGAAAAAUCCUUUUGAGGAUUCAGAGACCUGGAUUAGAACUCCCAAGAUGAUGGCGUCUCUGCUCAUGCCGAAGAAAGUUUAAUUCCUUUAGCCUGUCGGAGUAGGAUGUGCACUUUAUAAUUUAGUGUUAACAUCUAUCCAGAGUCUUUCAUGAUGCAAACCUGCUUACGUGCUGUAGUCAAGGCAGGGUGCUGGGUUUGCACUGCUACCUUGUAAUUUACAGUUGAACCUCUAAGCCCUAUGGAUUCACUGUAGUAGUGAAGCAAAAAAUUGUUUUCUGCUUAAAAAAUGUGCUUAUGUUCUGUUUCCUUUUUUAUGUUAAUUCUUAUGUGAACACAUUGAUGGUCAGCUAAGAAGUACUGUCAUAUGUUUAAAAACUUGAGAAGCAAAUGCAAGAGGCUAGGCGGGAGAGAUUUCCUUUUAGGUGUCAUCACCUCGCUCUUCCUGGGUGGCUCCAAAAAUGAGACCCUGGAAUGGCCUAAGGCAGCAUGCCGCAGCGUCUCUCUGAAGAGUUAACGCCGAUCAUACUGCUGUUACAAAUGGCCCUAAAAAGAAUUUUAAGAAUUAAACUGACAGAAAACAGUUAAGAACGUUGCAUUUACAAACAGGAUUCAUUUCAGACCAUUAAGUUAAUACAUGAAAUAUAAUUAAACAAAAAUCUAAAUGACAAAAAAGUAACUUACCGCAAAAUAGAUUUUAACCAAGCAAAUGGAGUUAGCCAAUAUCUCUAACAAAGCCGUUUGAAGAAGUAAACUGACACAUGUCAGGGUUGUAAAGGAAGAAAACCAAUUUGUUGAUAAAUUAGAAAAGGUUCUAAAAUGUAAAAUUGCACACGGGCAAGAACAUUUAUGAAGAAGAUUUGCUGAUUAACUGCUGACUUGCUGUAGCUUCUUGGGAGCUGGUCUCAUGUGCGCAUUAAUGGUCCAAUGAGCUACAUUGAUCAUUUCAAAUGUUAACGUUUGAAUUCUCAAAAACACAUCUGCUUUUGCACGUCUUUUUUUUUUUCUGUAUUGUUUCUUGUGGCACACACUUUAAUAUGGUGAGUUAGGAGAGAAGUAUAUGUGCACCCCUUCUGUCUAGCUGACAGUGUAUGAAUGGCCAAGACAUGCUUUUCCUUUGAAUCAAAGACUUUAUUUUGAGAAAAUAUAUUGCUGAUUACGUGCAUACAGUGUGUAUGAAUUCCACAUGAUAGACAGGAAAGGGAAAUAUUAUAGUAAGUUUUGUGAAUUUAUUAGGAUACAAAAUGUAUAUCUCUAAUAUGCUGUAAAAAUAUAAUAAAGUACAUUUUGCAGACUUUGAAAAA